GAGGAGCUGUCAAAGUCACCUGUGCGCAUGCACGUGUGAGUAGCUCAUCCGAGGACGCGCCGACAGAACAUUCUUCCAAAUCCUCAUUCCAGAAGCGUGCUGAAGUCACAACAAGGAGGGCACGAGCACUCGGCUGAUGGCGGCAACAAAGAGAGGCGGCGGCAUGCUGCGUGACCUGCAGGUGGCGUUGCAGCGGAAGAUUGAGGAGCUGACGGAGCGAGACGCGCUGAUUGAGGAGCUGGAGUCAGAACUGGAUGCCAAAGAUCUCCUGAUUGGCCAUUUGCGGGCCGAGCUGGACCGUCAUCGUAGUUUGAUGCCGGGCACCGACGAUACUGCCGCUGCACAGACACCCGACGCAGCAGGUGGCGCUCCAGCAAUGCCAGCACCGUCACUCGAUGAGCCUCAGCGCACCAAGAGACAGGCCAUAUCGGCAGAACCCAGCGCUCUGGAUCCUGCCCGACUCACCGACGUCACGCUCACCAGCUACUGCAAGAGCAAAGAGUCCAGCGAGCUGAUCCAGAGAGCGCUGAUGGACAAUGACUUCAUGAAGCAUCUGGAACAUGGACAGAUCCUCACCAUCUUGGACUGCAUGCGGCCCACCAGCCUGGACAAAGGCUGCUGCGUCAUCCAGGAGGGCGACGACGGAUCUAGCGUCUUUGUUCUGGAGGAGGGCAUGGUGGAGGUGAGCAAAGAAGGCAAAAAGCUGUGCACCAUCGGCCCCGGCAAAGUCUUUGGCGAGCUCGCCAUCUUGUACAACUGCACGCGCACGGCUACAGUGACGGCUCUGACCGACAUCAAGUUGUGGGCCAUUGAUCGCCAGGGCUUUCAGACCAUUAUGAUGAGGACCGGCCUCAUCAAGCAUUCCCAGUACACGGACUUCCUGCGCAGCGUUCCGUCCUUCCAGGCCCUUCCAGAGGACGUUCUCAGCAAGCUGGCUGAUGUUCUGGAGGAGACUCACUAUAGCAAUGGCGACUACAUCAUCCGGCAGGGCGCCACGGGAGACACCUUCUUCAUUAUCAGUGAAGGGCAGGUGACGGUGUGGCAGCAGACCGCCCCCAGUGGUCAGCAGGUGCCGGUGAAGACGCUGUCCAAAGGCGACUGGUUUGGCGAGCAAGCGCUGAAAGGGUGA